AUGGAUUUUUGUCAAGAAGAGUAUGAGAAGUUUUAUGAAAGCUGGGAAAGGUUUAAAGAUAAUCUCCUUAAGUGUCUCCACCAUGGUUUUGAGACGUGGAGGCUCGUUCAAAUUUUUUACGACGGUUUAACUCAAUCUAACCCCAAUAUGAUUGAAUCCAUGAACGGUGGUAGUUUCUUAAAUCUUAGAGAUGAUACGGCUUAUCAAUUUCUUGAAAACUUAUCUGAGAGUUCUCAGCAAUGGGACUUUUCUAAUCCUAGAUAUAAGCAAUCUAACUCAUCUAGAAAAGGAGGCAAAUACGAAGUUACGGAAGAUUUUGAUGUAAGAGCUAAACUAGAUAGUCUUACCCGCAAAGUUGAGGCGUUAACUUUAAGUAGGACUAUGGAGUCCGCCAAUCAAGUUCAAAGAGAAGUGUGUUCCCUUUGUGCUAGUUCCAUGCACACAACACAAACAUGUCCUUCCAUGGUUGGUCAUUCUGAAUAUUGUGCUGAGCAGGUAAAUGCACUCAACAACUAUGGAAAAUCGUUUACAAACCCUUUCUCCGAGACAAACAAUCCCAAUUGGAGAAAUCAAUCUAAUUUGCCAUGGCGGCAAAAUAAUUCCUCUUCAAAUGUAGGUGGGCAACCUUUGCAAUGGCAAAAUCAAUUCCCGUCAAGCCUUCGUCCUUCUAAUCAAUCAUAUCAGACCCAAAAUUAUUUUUAUCACCCUCAAGCUCCCCAAUCUAAUUUUCAACCGGCUGCCCCUCAGCAACAAAAAUCAUCUUUAGAAGACUCUCUCCAGGAAUUCAUGAAAAUGACUAGACAAGCCAUUGUCGAGCUUAAAAAUCAAAUGGGUCAGUUGGCUAGUCAAAUGGUAGAGAUAGAGAAAGAAAAAUUCCCUAAUCAGCUGAUACAAAACCCAAAAGGGCAAUUUGAUAUUAGUAACCACUCUAACUCUACCUAUGAGCAUGAGCAGGUUCAAUCCAUUGUUACCCUUAGAUCAGGAAAUCAGGUUGACAAUCAGGUAAGUAUGCCAAUAGAGAAUAGUUUAGGGGAGUUUGAGAAAGAAGAAAGGCAGAGUCCCACUGAAGUCCAGAAAUCUAGUUUGCCUCAACCUCCCAAAGAACCCGAACGUAGGAGUUUCAUCCCUAAAGCUCCAUAUCCUGAACGACUAGUAGCCCCUAAGAAAGGUGUAGACCAUGGAGAUAUUCUAGAGACAUUUAAGCAAGUAAGAAUCAAGAUUCCACUGCUAGAUGCCAUUCGACAAGUGCCUUCUUAUGCUAAAUUUUUAAAAGACCUAGUCUCUAUAAAAAGGAAGACUAGCACCCCAAAAGAAGUAUUGUUGACCGAACACGUUAGCUCUAUUAUUCAGCACAAAAUCCCUAUCAAGUAUAAAGAUCCUGGUUGUCCUACAAUUUCGUGCACAAUAGGUAAUCAUCACCUCGAGCGAGCUUUGUUAGAUUUGGGAGCUAGUGUCAACCUAUUGCCAUAUUCUGUGUACCAGCAAUUAGGAUUGGGGGAACUGAAACCCACUACUGUAAGAUUGCAAUUGGCUGAUGGGUCUCUUAAAAUACCUAAAGGAGUCAUUGAGGAUGUGCUAAUUAAGGUUGAUAAGUUCUAUUUUCCAGCGGACCUUAUUGUUUUAGAUACUCAGCCUGUUCAUCACUCACGUGGACAAAUUCGUGUAAUCUUAGGAUGUCCUUUCUUAGCUACCUCGAAUGCUCAAAUUAAUUGUAGGAACGGGGUGAUGAAAAUGUCAUUUGGGAAUGUUACUUUUGAACUUACUAUCUUUGACACUGGCGAAAAACCCUUAGAGGAAGGUGUACGUAAGUGCUGUUUGUAUGAUAAAUAG